AUGGCCAUGCAAGGCCAACUCCUGAUACAGCCUGGUCACCAACAAAAUUCAUUCACUAAUAAUCAACAGAUGCAGUCUGCAAUGAAUCAACAGCAGCAGCAGUUAUCGCCUGCUCAGCAGCGUCAAGCACAUAUGCAACGUUAUAAUAUGAUUAUUCAGUCUGUUCCAGUCCCCCCCAUUACCCCCGUAUCAUUCACUCCAGAUCAAAUAUCCGCUCUACGCGCUCAGAUAAUGGCCUACAGACUUGUCACCCGCGGUUCCCCCAUCCCAGACCACCUACAGCAUGCAAUUCGCGUUCCCAACACCGCCGUCCCAGAUCUCGAAAAUCUUCUGCAGGGCCCAGAUGUGUCCUCCCGUAUAGUUGACAGCGCUGCUAAAAUACAGAAAGGCCAAAUUGCCCCCCCACCCCCACCCACCGAAACACCUGUGCCAGUUGAAGUCAUAAAAGAAGAAGAGCAUGGUCCUUCCAUCGACCCUGCUGAUCUUCCCAAAGGUCCUUUCCUCGAAGAAGCAGUCAACUCCGGCGUGUACCCAUAUAACGCAUUCAAGCUCCCCUUCUCCCACCUCGAGCGCCCACCCAACGUUGACCCAACUAUGGUCGCAACGCGCCUCCAGCGCCUCCUCAUCCCCUCCAUAAUGCCUGCAGGGCUCGACGUGCACCAGAUCAUCAACGAGCGCGAUCGCUUCAUCGAAGCACGCGUCCAACAGCGCAUUAAAGAACUCGAGGAGAUUCCAGCCACCAUUGGCGAUGGUAACUUUGAUUCUCUGGCGGACGUUAUCCUCGGUUCGCAUAAGCAAGAGCCCGCCAACGACAAUUCAGCGCUGUCCCCACAUGGGAAGCUACGUGCAAUGAUUGAGCUCAAGUCCCUCAAGGUGCUUGAGAAGCAACGCGCCAUGCGCGCGAUUGUUGCGGAGCGCCUGAUCCAAGGCACCCUGCUCCCGCUCAACCGCGUGGACUUUAGGCGAGCCCGCAAGCCUACACUCAGAGAUGCACGCAUGACUGAGCAGGCGGAACGCAAGCAACGUAUCGACCGCGAGAGGCGUGCAAAACACAAACACGUUGAACAGCUCGGCGUCAUCUGCCAACACGGACGAGACAUCAUCGCUGUGAACCGUUCUGCGCAGGAGCGGGUCGCGAAGCUUGGGCGUGCCGUGUUGUCGUUCCAUGCGUUCACUGAGAAGGAGGAGCAGAAGCGUAUCGAGAGGAUAUCGAAGGAGCGUUUGAAGGCGCUCAAGGCGGAUGAUGAGGAGGCGUAUAUGAAGCUUAUUGAUACAGCAAAGGAUACGCGCAUCACCCAUUUGCUGCGGCAGACGGACGCCUAUCUCGAUUCGCUUGCGCAGGCUGUCGUGGCGCAGCAGAAUGAGUCUGGUCCCUUGGAUACGAACUUUGACCAAGAGGAAGGCCCCGCAAACGAGGCCACGUUUGGCGCCCAGGUCAGUGCUGAUGCCCAGGAUGACAAGGGCAAGGUGGACUACUACGCUGUUGCGCAUCGCAUUUCGGAGAAGGUCAUGAAGCAGCCUAGUAUUCUUAUCGGUGGUCAGCUCAAGGACUACCAGCUCAAGGGCUUGCAAUGGAUGGUCAGUCUUUACAACAACAAGCUCAAUGGUAUCCUUGCAGACGAGAUGGGUCUUGGUAAAACCAUCCAAACAAUCUCGCUGGUCACCUUCUUAAUCGAGGUCAAGAGACAACGCGGUCCUUAUCUCGUCAUCGUGCCUCUAUCAACAAUGACGAACUGGUCCGGCGAAUUCGCGAAGUGGGCGCCAACGGUGAAAAUGAUCUCGUACAAGGGUAACCCUGCGCAACGUCGCAACCUCCAAGGCGAACUGCGGAUGGGCCAGUUCCAGGUUCUGCUCACUACAUAUGAAUACAUCAUCAAGGAUCGGCCUAUCCUCAGUAAACUCAAAUGGGUGCAUAUGAUCAUCGACGAGGGACAUCGCAUGAAGAACACCCAAUCGAAACUUGCGCAGACGCUCACGCAAUACUAUCAUUCCCGCUACCGCCUCAUCCUCACCGGUACCCCCCUUCAGAACAACCUUCCUGAACUUUGGGCCCUCCUCAACUUCGUCCUACCCAAGAUCUUCAACUCCGUAAAGUCAUUUGACGAGUGGUUCAACACGCCAUUCGCGAACUCGGGUACAGGGGACAAGAUCGAGUUGAACGAAGAAGAGGCUCUGCUCAUCAUCCGGCGGUUGCAUAAGGUGUUGCGGCCGUUCUUGUUGAGAAGGUUGAAGAAAGACGUGGAGAGCGAACUUCCAGAUAAGGUGGAGAAGGUGAUCAAGGUCCGCAUGAGUGCCCUGCAGAGUCAGCUGUAUAGGCAGAUGAAGAAGCACAAGAUGAUCGCCAAUGGGAAGGAUGCAAAGGGCAAAUCUGGAGGGGUGAAAGGUCUGAGCAACGAGCUCAUGCAGCUGCGCAAGAUCUGUCAACAUCCGUUCUUGUUCGAGAGUGUCGAGGACAAGGUCAAUCCUACCGGCCUCAUCGACGAUAAAUUGGUCAGGUCAGCUGGCAAACUCGAGCUUUUGUCGCGUAUCCUUCCCAAGUUCUUCGCAACGGGUCACAGGGUCCUUAUUUUCUUCCAAAUGACGAAGGUCAUGGACAUUAUGGAAGAUUUCUUGAAGAUGAUGAAUUGGAAGUAUCUCCGUCUUGACGGUGGUACGAAGACGGACGAGCGUGCCUUGCAUGUACAGCAGUUUAAUGCAAAGGAUUCGGAGAUUAAAGUUUUCAUCCUGUCAACACGGGCUGGUGGUUUGGGUCUCAAUUUGCAGACUGCGGAUACGGUCAUCAUGAAUCCCCACGCUGAUCUUCAGGCUCAAGAUCGUGCUCACCGUAUCGGCCAGACCAAGGCUGUCCGCAUCCUCCGUUUCAUCACGGAAAAGAGUGUCGAAGAAGCCAUGUAUGCUCGCGCGCGGUACAAGCUCGAUAUCGACGACAAGGUUAUCCAAGCUGGUCGUUUCGACAAUAAGUCGACGCAGGAAGAGCAAGAAGAAUUCUUGCGGUCUAUCCUCGAAGCAGACCAAGAGGAGGAAAAUGAAGAAGCUGGUGACAUGAAUGACGAUGAGCUUAACGAAAUGUUGGCAAGAAAUGAUGAGGAGGUUGAGAUCUUCCGCUUAAUGGAUCUUCAGCGAGAACGGGACGCGUUGGACGCAUGGCGUGCGGUCGGCAACAGGGGGAAACCGCCGUUGCCGCUCAUGCAGCUUGAAGAGCUGCCUGAGUGCUAUCAGACAGAUGAACCGUUCGAGCCGAAGGAGAUUGAUGAUGCUAUCGAAGGCCGUGGUCAGCGUCGUCGUAAUGUCGUAAAUUAUAACGACGGUCUUAGCGAUGAACAGUGGGCGAUGGCUGUGGAGGACGGAGAGGAUUUGCAAGAACUCGUUGAUCGUGCCCGUGGCAAGAAAGAACGACGGGCUGCCAACAAGCUUCUCAAGGACACCGAUACACCUGGUCGUAAUACUCCAACAUCAGACGUGGGUGUCGGGCGCAAGGGAAAGAAGGGCAAGGGGAAGAUGACUGCUAACGACUACGACACACCUGGCGUGGCUGGCAAGCGGAAACGUGGGAUGAAGUCUAUGUCUGUGACGCCUUCGGUGAUCGACGAUGACGACGAAGAGCGUGACAUGAAACGACGAAAAACUAAGGCGGGCGACCUAUCGCCUGCAAUACGGGAUAAGAUGAAGAAGGCUUUUAAUGAGGUUCUCAGAGCGGUUCUCGCUUGUGAAGACAAAGAUGGCCGGAAACGCUGUCAACUUUUCCGGGAGCUCCCCGACAGGAGAGAUUAUCCGGAUUAUUAUCAGUUAAUCACGCAUCCGAUUGCCUUGUCCACACUUCGAAAGCGGGGUAACACUGGAUAUUACAAGAGUAUCAUGCACUACAAAGAGGACUGGAAGCUCAUGUUCGACAACGCACGAACGUAUAAUCAGGAGGGCUCGUGGGUAUACAUAGACGCUGAGGAGAUGGAAAAGGUGUUCCACGACACUUUGGAGAGAGUCACUGCUGGGACGGGGCUACCCGGGGCCUCACCAGCUCUAAGUGGACCGUCAAGCUCUGCAGCAUAUGACUCGGCGCUUACGCCUAUGGACGAGGAUGAGCGGCCGCAGCGGGGCAGGGCUCGGAGUGCUGGUCGCAAACAGGUGAUCAGCGAUGACGAAUACCUGACGCCAAGUGAUGAGGACUAG